AUGUCGAAACGGAAAAUACCACUGCGGACACUACAGGCGCGACUCCGAGGACUACAAACGACGUUCACGAACUUGUACACGUUCAUGGAGAAAUACACGGCCAACACGAAGCCUUUGGAAGUCUCCGUGCGACUGAACAAGCUGGAAUGCCUGUGGGAUCAGAUGAACGAGGUCAUCGACAACAUCGUAUCCCACGACGAUUCACCCGACGAUCCCGAAGCCUACGUGAAAGAUCGGCUUGAUUUCGAAAACCGAUUCUUCACACUGAAAACUUUCCUAUUGGAAAAGAACGAGCCGGCACAAAACACUCCGUCUACUUCUACCCCUAAUACCUCCUUCGGUUCUACCCCUCACGUACGAUUACCGCAGAUCUCGCUUCCCAAGUUUGGCGGUAAAUUAGAUGAAUGGCUCACGUUUCGCGACCUUUACACCUCGCUUAUCCACUGGCAGGUGGACCUCCCUGCCGUAGAAAAAUUCCAUUACCUUCGAAGCCAAUUAGAAGGGGAAGCAUUAGCCGUGAUCGAUUCUCUCCCUCUUACCGCAGCAAACUAUAAUGUGGCAUGGGAUCUCCUCACACAACGGUUCACCAAUUCCAAGGUUCUGCGGAAACGUCAGGUACAGGCCCUCUUCGAGCUGCCUACGGUUAAGAAGGAAACUGCAUCCGAGUUACAGUCUCUCCUGGAUGCCUUCGAGAAGACUGUAAGAUCCCUCGAUCAAGUCGUCGCCAACAAGGCGGACUACAAGGAUCUGAUGUUGGUGCAUGUAUUGACAUCUCGGUUGGACAGCACCACCCGGAGAAGCUGGGAGGAACAUUCGUCCGAACAACAAACGGACACCCUAAAGGACCUCACGGAUUUUCUCCAACGUCGCUUAAGGAUUCUGGAAGCUCUCCCUGGCAAGGCGCCGGAACAGAAGGUGGAACUCGGACAUACCAAACUGCCGAAAAAGGUUUCGGCGGUAAAAUCCUGCAACGCUACGUUCCAAUCAUCAUCACCGAGCAAAUGCAUCGUCUGCCCAGAGACACAUUUGCUGUAUCAAUGCCCUCAGUUUCUGAAAAUGGCUGUUUCGGAUCGGGAUGGAGUACUUCGGAGCAAUUCUCUUUGCCGAAAUUGCUUUCGGCGGGGUCACCAAGCAAAGGAUUGUUCGUCUAAGUUUUCCUGUCGGCACUGUAGAGCGAGACAUCACUCACUCGUGUGUUUUAAGGGGAAGGUAGCCGAAGUGAAGACGAAUGAGAAACCCGAAUCAACCACUACUACAACGGAAUCAACCCCAGAACCAACUACCUCAAAGGUCGUUAACCUGGCAACGACCGGAGCGAAAGUUUGCAACACAGCCACAGCGUCAACAACGGGUGUCGUUCUACUCACUGCAGUCGUGGUGCUGGAGGACGACAAGGGCAACAAGGUGCAUGCUAGAGCGCUACUGGAUAGUGCAGCCGAAUGCAAUCUGAUUAGCAGACGGCUACGGAAAAUGCUGGUUGUCAAGGAGGAAGCCAGUACGGUCGAGGUUAUUGGUAUCCAAGGGGUGGCAUCCAAGGUCCAAGGAAGGGUUACAGUCCUGAACGGUUUUCUGAGCGUGUACGUGCUUCCAAAAAUUGCGGCACAGGUGUCUACCGCGGUGGUCGAUACCAGCAUGUGGGACAUACCUAAGGGGAUUCAACUGGCGGAUCCGGAUUUCCUCAAAGGAGAACGAAUCGAUCUUCUGCUAGGGGCGGAAUCAUUUUUCGAGUUCUUCGUCUCUGGUCGCCGCAUUCGGUUGGGUGACAAUCUACCAUCUUUGGUCGACUCCGUCUUCGGAUGGGUGGUAACAGGCAGAUAUUCGGUCAGCGGUCCAAUCCAAUCUGUCCUGUGUGAUGUUGCGGUCUCCAGUCGGCUCGACGAAAUUCUCGAACGGUUUUGGAAAUGCGAAGAAGUUGGGUCGGAGAAUAACCAUUCUCCUGAGGAAGCCAGAUGCGAAACCCAUUUUGCGCAAACGGUGCGGCGAAAUGUGUCUGGUCGAUAUGUGGUGUCAUUGCCCAAGAAUGAGGAGGUUUUAGUCAUGCUGGGCAGUUCCAAAACGAUCGCGGAAAGGAGGUUUUUGCAGUUGGAGCGGCGAUUGACUAGAGAUGAGAAGCUACGGGAGGAAUACUGUGCCUUCAUGGUCGAAUACGAGACUCUGGGACAUAUGCGAUUGGUUGGAGACACCGAAACGGAAGAAGGUCGGUGCUACCUCCCACAUCAACCAGUUGUGAAGGAGGAUAGCACAACCACAAAGGUGAGGGUUGUAUUUGACGCUUCGGCUCAAACAGCGUCAGGAUUUUCCCUCAACGACGGAUUGCUCGCAGGUCCUGUGAUUCAGGACGAUUUGCGGUCGAUAAUACUGCGAAGCCGGACUCGUCAGAUCAUCCUAGUGGCCGAUAUAGAAAAAAUGUUUCGGCAGAUAGAGGUCUGCCCGGAGGAUUGCCGUCUUCAAUCGAUUUUGUGGAGGUCGAGCCCAGACAAACCGCUAGCUACAUAUGAACUGUCCACCGUAACCUACGGCACCAAGCCUGCUCCUUUUCUUGCCACCAGAGCCCUGGUGCAACUCGCCACGGAUGAAGCGGAGGAACUCCCGCUGGCGGCCAAGGCCGUCAAGGAAGAUUUUUAUAUGGACGACGCCAUUACCGGUGCGGAUGACCCGAUUGUUGCCAAGGAGUUGAGGAUCCAGCUGCAGGAACUACUACGAAGAGGAGGAUUCGUCCUGCGGAAAUUCGCUUCCAACUGCGAAUCAGUCUUGGAAGACCUGCCAGCUGAAAAUCGGGCGAUUCAGACAACGGAUGGAAUCCAUUUGGACCCAGAUUCGACGAUCAAGACGUUGGGCUUGGUUUGGAUGCCCAACACCGAUACUUUCCGGUUCAAAUUUCGAAUCUCUCCAAUAUCAGAGGAUGCUGUUUUCACCAAGAGGAAGGUCUUGUCCGAAAUCGCAACUCUUUUCGAUCCCUUAGGACUCGUCGGCGCGGUUAUCACAAAGGCAAAAAUCGUCAUGCAACUACUGUGGCGCCUGCAGGAUGAAAACAAUCACCAGUUGGCAUGGGAUGCCAAGCUCCCUCCGAAGGUAGCAGAAGAAUGGGUCCGGUUCUAUCAACAACUUUCUGUAUUGAACGAGCUUCGCAUUGAGAGACUGGUCACCAUACCGAAUCCAAUCAACAUCCAACUACACCUGUUCUCAGACGCUUCCGAAAAGGCUUUCGGCGUCUGCGCCUACCUACGGAGCGAAGAUGCAGAAGGAAGGAUUAAGGUUGCUCUACUAUCGUCGAGAUCGAGAGUUGCACCCUUGAAGGCUCAAUCAAUCCCUAGGCUUGAGCUCUGCGGUGCUCUACUAGCAUCGGAACUAUACACCAAAAUCAAGGCUUCGAUCCGCUUCACUGGAGAAUGUUUCUUCUGGGUGGACUCUACGACCGUUUUGCGGUGGCUACACGCCCCACCCCUAACAUGGGCUACAUUUGUGGCAAAUCGCGUAUCGAAGGUGCAAGCAUCCACGGAAAAUUGUCAUUGGCGACACGUGCCCGGAGAACAGAAUCCGGCAGACCAAAUUUCACGGGGAAUCUGGCCGGAGGAAAUUAUCGACCGACAACCAGCUUUGGUGGGAAGGACCCGCCUGGCUUCGGACUAG